AUGACACUUUACAUGCCACUGUUCAGAGCCUGCAGAACCUCAAGAACACUCAUUCAGCUCCACACACACCUCAUAGUCACAGGCCUACAAAGGAACCCCCUUGCAUCAACUAAGCUCAUUGAGUCCUACGCUCAAAUGGGCUUCAUCAAAUCCUCAAAACUAAUAUUUGACAAUUUCCUAAAUCCAGAUUCCUUCAUGUGUGGUGUUCUGAUCAAAUGCUGUGUGUGGAAUGGCCUGUUUCAAGAAGCCAUUUUUAUGUACCAAAAGAUUGUGUAUGAUAUGAUCCAAUUUAAUAGCUUCAUUUUGCCAUCGAUUUUGAGGGCCUGCUCUGCAAUUAAUGAUCUGGGCAUGGGGAAAAAGGUCCAUUGUAGGAUUAUAAAAUCUGGGAUUGAGUCUGAUCCCUUUGUUGAGACUUCAUUGCUGAGUAUGUAUGGUGAAAUGGGGUGUUUAUAUAAUGCUAGGAAAAUAUUUGAAGAAAUGUCAGUGAGAGAUAUGGUUUCUUGGAGUUCUAUAGUAUCUAUUUAUGUUCAGAAUGGGGAGGCUAGUGAAGGGUUGAACAUUUUCAAGAAAAUGACGACAGAAGGUGUGGAAAUUGAUUCGGUGACUAUGUUUAGUAUAUCUGAGGCCUGCGGUGAAUUGAGGUUAUGGAGAGCUGGAAAGUCGGUUCAUGGUUUUGUGGUUAGAAGGAAUAAUGAUCAUGGGGCAUUGGGAAGUUCUCUUGUUGCAAUGUAUGGAAAAUUUGGUGAUUUGCGUAGUGCAGAACUGUUGUUUUACAGCCGUAUUUGCCAGAGCGUUUCUUUGUGGACAGCGAUUAUUGCAUGCUAUAAUCAAAAUGGAUGCUUUCAAAAAGCAGUAACGACAUUUAUUGAGAUGCAAGAGAGUAAUGUGGAUAUGAAUACCGUUACGUUGAUGAAUAUUGUUUCUUCUUGUGCCAGGUUGGGAUGGCUUAGAGAAGGGAAGUCUAUUCAUGGAUAUGUUAUUAGGAACAAUAUUGACCUUGACAGGGAUUUUCUCAGGUCACAAUUAAUAGAGAUGUAUGCUAAUUGUGUAAAGCUAAAUUAUGCCCAUGCGGUCUUUGAUAUGAAUAAAGACAGGCAUAUUGUAUCAUGGAAUAUUCUCAUAUCAGGCUAUGUUCGGGAACAAAUGACCAAUGAGGCUUUCACACUUUUUGUUCAAAUGUUUAUUCAUGGGAUGUUGCCCGAUUCAUUUGCUUUGGCAAGUGUUCUAUCAGCCUGUGGAGAUAUCGGAUUUUCUAAAUUUGGACGUCAAAAACCUGAAAUCUCUGAUGUCUCGUACGAUGGUGAAUUCAUUCUCGAGACUUGUAUGAUGAGUAGGAGGACUUUUGACAACAUUGAGAUGUGGAAUAUCGGUGACAUAUUUGGUAUGCUGGAUUGA